CUCUUUGAAGGACACGCUUCGUCACCUAUCUAUCUAUAUACCCAAAGGAGUCGCUUCCUUCUUAUUGUUUGAUCGAAAAUGGCGGACACAAGUCACCUGGAGAGGAUGGGAAGAGAACUCAAGUGCCCUAUUUGCUUGAGUCUAUUUAAUUCUGCAGUUUCACUUUCGUGUAACCAUGUCUUUUGCAAUGCGUGUAUAGUGAAAUCGAUGAAAAUGGAUGCUACUUGUCCUGUUUGUAAAAUCCCUUACCAUCGUAGAGAGAUUCGAGGUGCCCCUCAUAUGGACAGCUUGGUGAGCAUCUACAAGAACAUGGAAGAUGCUUCUGGGGUUAACUUAUUUGUAAGCCAGAAUGAUCCAUCAUCAUUAGUUAAAGAAAAGCAUGUGAGAGAUGCUUCCAUUGAAAAGGCAAGUGAUAAGAAUCGUCAGGGAUCUAGGAAAGGUCGAACAUCCAAGAGGAAAGAGUAUGGGAAAACCAAGGAAACAGAUGUAGAUGCACAUGGGCCUAUUGUUAUGAAACCUUCAUCCCAAACCAAGAAAAGGGUGCAGCUGCUCCAUAAUCUGUCUUCUGAAAGUUUAACUAAACCUACCGAGUCAGCUGAAAACCCCAAGCACUACACUGAAAACACUGUGAUUCGUUUGGAUGAGCAUCCUGGUCUGAAUAAAGAAGGAAAUCUGUCACCCUUCUUUUGGUUGAGAGAUGAAGAUGAUGGGGAGAACUCAAGUCAGCGCACAGAAAGUGAUCAACUUUUAGAUGCUAAACCUGUUGAUGUUCCCUCUUUCAGCGAUUUGAUGGACUCAGAUCAUGAGAGCCCAUCGAAGGCAGAUGAGCAAGAAAAGCCUAAUCCAGGGGAUAUGUUUGACAGCGAAAUGUUUGAAUGGACUCAGAGGCCUUGUUCUCCGGAGAUUCUACCUAGUCCUAUGAAGGCCAAGGUCCUAGGUAGAGGUGAUAUUGAUCUUACUCAAAAGAAACUAUCUAAAGUAGCAUCAUCCAAAUGUAAAAACCGCAAAGCAGGAAGUGCAAGAAAUAAAGUUGCUAGACGAAGUGUUGAGGUUUCAAAGGAGGACAACAUGGAAUCAUCUGCAGUAGCAAACAUUAGUGAGAAACAAGAUAGUCGUGGGACUUCUGGCAUAAUUAUCAGGAAUGAUGGGAAUCCUGAUGAAAAUGUGAAAACUAAAAGGGCUACAAGAAGCAAGGGUCAGAGUUCACGAGUUCAGUCUGAUCUAAAUGUAUCCAAGGAAGCAGAUGGAAAGCAGGGGACAAAGAGGAAAAGAUCUAGCAUUAAAUCCUCUCCAGCUCACCCGAUCACAGGAUCUAAUGAGCUCUCACUUGGAACAGAAAUUGUGGGAAAGGGGGAUCAGGAUCGAGCCCAUGGGCCAUCUGAUACAGAUCCUGAAAAACAAAGUCCCACCGAGAAACCCUCUCUGAAGAAGAGGGGAAGAAAAUCCAAUGCAAGCUCCUCUUUAAAAGAUCUAUCUGGGAAAACUCAAAAGAAGACUUCUGAAAAGAGAUUGAAACUUGAUUCCCAUUUGACCUCAAGCAAAGCUACACAAUCGCAUGGAAAUGGUAUCCUAACUGAUGAGUUGAAUCAAGUGAGUGAUAAACACGAUUCAACAAACAAAAAGAAAUCCACUGUGGGUAAAGAAAAUCAUACCAUGCAAGUGUUGGAGAAAUGCUCAGCGAUAAACAAGUCUUCAUCUGGAGGUAGUGCACAUUUGCGACGAUGUGAUGGACCUUCAACGAAGAUAUUCACAUGUGCCUUUUGUCAGUCUUCAGAAGACACAGAGGCUUCAGGAGAAAUGGCUCACUACAACAGAGGUGAACCUGUCUCUGCAGAUUUUAAUGGGGGGUCUAAGGUCAUACAUGUUCACAAAAACUGUGCUGAAUGGGCUCCAAAUGUAUACUUCAACAACCUUACCGUAGUGAAUCUUGAUGUGGAGUUGACAAGAAGCCGGAGAAUAAGUUGCAGCUGCUGUGGCCUUAAAGGCGCAGCACUUGGUUGUUACAAUAAGAGUUGCAAGAAUAGUUUUCAUGUUACGUGUGCAAAACUCAUGCCAGAAUGCAGAUGGGACAAUGAAAACUUUGUAAUGCUAUGCCCUUUGGAUGCAUCCAUUAAGUUGCCCUGUGAAGAGACUAAUUCAAAAGACAGGAAAUGCAAGCGUACUCCUAAAGGACCACUGCACUCUCAGCCUAACCAAGUGUCUGGAAAAACAAGCAUCGCUGAGCUCCAGAGCAAGCAGUUCCAUGGAUUGUCCAAGAAAUUGGUCUUAUCCUGCUCAGGGCUCACAGUUGAAGAGAAGACUGUUAUUACAGAAUUUGAGGAACUCACUGGAGUUACGAUCUCAAAGAAUUGGGAGCCAACUGUUACACAUGUCAUUGCAUCAAUCAAUGAAAACGGAGCCUGCAAAAGGACCCUCAAAUUCAUGAUGGCAAUCUUGGAGGGGAAAUGGAUACUAACCAUUGAUUGGAUUAAGGCGUGUAUGAAAAAUACAAAAUAUGUAAGCGAGGAGCCAUAUGAGAUUACCAUGGAUGUUCAUGGAGUACGAGAAGGACCUUAUGUUGGAAGACAAAGAGCUUUGAAAAAGAAACCAAAACUUUUUAAUGGACUAAAGUUUUACAUUAUGGGAGAUUUCGAGCUUGCUUACAAAGGAUAUCUUCAAGAUCUGAUUGUAGCAGCAGGAGGAACAAUCUUGCGUAGGCGGCCUGUUUCUUCUGAUGAUAAUGAAGCUUCAACGAUCGUAGUAUUUAGUGUUGAGCCUAGCAAGAAGAAAACUCUGACCCAAAGAAGAUCUGAUGCUGAAGCCUUGGCCAAAUCUGCUAGAGCCAGAGCUGCAAGCAGUUCAUGGGUUUUGGAUUCUAUUGCAGGUUGCCAAAUUUUAGACUUGAUAUAAAAUAGUGAGACCAUCUUUGGGUUUUUACUCUUGUUACUUGUUUGUAGGAUUAUUGGAGAAUUGUGUUAAUAUUUUUUACAAGGAUUAUUCUUUUCUUCUUUU